AUGGCUGGACACAGAUAUAUUGGUAAAUCUGUGAAGAGGAUUCUUGAAGCUAAUGACAGAGCUGGCUUAAGACCUUGCAAGACCACAAAGGAUAGUGAAUUUUACUACUCCAUGGAUAUGGAUGGUGCUGGUAGGAUUCAGAGCGUCGUAUGGGUUCACUCACACUUCUAUUCUUUGGGAUGUGCUCUUCUUACAUGUGAGGACGCUGAACAAUACAAGAUUAUUUUCAGCAAAUGGAAAAAAGCCAUGAAUAAUGUUGCUCCAAAGGCUAUCUUGACUGACCAAUGUGAAAGCAUUAAGGCAGGUGUUAGUGUGGUGUUUGAAAACACAGUUCACAGAUAUUGUAUUUGGCACAUAUUCACUAAGUUGCCUAUGCGUCUAAAGGUGACGGAUGGUGGAUAUAAAGCGGCGAAGAAUGAAUUCAAGAGCAUUGUCCUUGGUAGCAUUACCAUUGAAGAGUUCGAGCAUAGGUGGGGUGAGUUUAUUCAGAAAUAUGGACUAGAAGAAAGUGACUGGUUCAGUAAAUUAUAUUCAGAAAGGGAAAGAUGGGCGCCAAUAUACCUGAAUAACUACUUCUGGGCUGGGAUGUUAUCGACGCAAAGAAGUGAGGGAAUACAUGCCUUCUUCGAUGGAUUUAUCAACAAUAGGAGCAUGCUGAAACAGUUUGUUCAGCAGUAUGAGUUAGCAUUGAGAGAUAAAUACGAGAAAGAGUUGACGGUUGAGUAUCAGUCUCGUUACACUAAAACAAGUUGUGAGUCACAGUUCCUGUUUGAGGCGCAGCUCGAAGCUGCUUAUACCCGCAGAAUGUUUGGAAUUUUUCAAUGUGAGUUAAAGAGGGUUAAACACACUAUAGACGGUGAACAUUUUGAGUGCAAUUGCAAAUCCUUUGAAUCAAGAGGGAUUGUUUGUAUCCAUAUAAUUAAGGUGAUGGCACAUAAGAAGAUCAAACUGUUCAACGAGAGGUUAAGACUAUCAGAUUUGGUUAAUGAUCUUUCUAAUUUUGAUCACGAUAUGAUACAAGAGGUUACUCAACACGGGGUGACUUUAUCAGGAAAUAGUGAAAAUGAUCAUAUACCAAACCUUACACCAAAUCCUAUACCAAAUAGUGGAAAUGAUCAUAUACCAAAUCCUACACCAAAUCCCAUACCAAAUGGCCCAUUACCAAAUUUUGUUGACCCUGAAGUGCAUCGUUCACGUGGAAGGCCAAAGCAAAAUGAUGAUGGAAUAUCACAAGAUGGAGGGAGAGGGAGAGGGAGAGGGAAAGGAAGAGGAAGAGGCAAGGCAAAGGGACCGCGCAACACCACAAGAGCAAGAAAUGAGGAAAAUGAUAAUGUAAUGUCACAACAUGUGGUGUUGCCUGAUCUGAAUCUCUGCACCCAAGAAGACUCACUCUUUGAAUACUAA